AGUUAAUUCUGUUUUAAAAACAUGAAGUAUGAUCAGCUUAAACAGAGUGAUAACAGCAGAUUAUUUUCUUUAAUACUGAAGUAAAAUCAAAGACAUCUGCAGAAGUUAUAAACAACAGACCAGGAGCUGGAGUAGUGGACAGCACAUUGGCUGCUGAAUACAAGAUGGUAGAGGUCAUGGAGGGAUCCAGUGUCUUCUGGUACCCUCACCAACGGGCCUACUGUUCUGCGUUCAAGUCCUGGUCCGGAUAUGUCAACGCUGUUGUUGACAUAUUCUUCACCAAAGAAACACUUGCAAUUUCAAGUGCAAGGGGAAGUGAUAGAAAAGGCAAAAGCGGUGAUGCAAACAUUCCGUUGACCCCCCUCAUCGUUGAUGCCCUUGUUGGUAAAGUCUGUUCAAAGUUUUCAAAGGACUCUCCUCAACCGAGCCAAAUCAUACAGAAGAUAAACAUGAAAUGUGUGGAAGCUAGAAGGCCCCCAAGAGUACGAGAGCAACGAGCAGAAUGAACACUUUUUAUAAUUACUGUAAAACUGUUUAACUUCAAGAGUUUACCAAUUUCAUUAUGUUGACCACAAAGAAAAUUUCUGUUUGAUAAUGUUGACCAAAAUA